AUGAAGGCGCUCAAGGAGAACCGUUUUCUCGACUUUCAGGACCACACAUACUCAAUAGGUGGCUCUAAAAGCCAGGCGUGGACGGCAAACUUUCUGGGCAACCGCAUGGUGUAUAGCUCUGCGUCCGAGAACCUGAAGGCCCUGUCGACGUCGCACCGGGACUGUUUUGCAAUCGAGCCCAUCCGCGUAGGCAACGGUGCCGUCACACCCUUUACCGGCCGCGGUGUAAGCCUGUCCGAUGGCAAGAAGUGGCAGGUGAGCCGGGAGCUCGUGAUGCCCUACUUCGACCGCGCCGCAUUUUCGAACCUGGAGCGUCUGGGCGGGCAUGUGGACCGCUUACUGGGAAAGAUCCCAAGGGAUGGGUCAACUGUUGAUAUGCAGCCAUUGUUGCAGCGGUGGUUUCUUGAUACCGCAACCGACUUUCUCUUCGGCGAGACUGUCAACUCGCUAGAUAAUCCGGAGAUGAGCUGGCCACACAUAGAAAUGCUCAAAGUGCAUGCCGGCCUGCGUACUCGGUUACAGCUUAGUUCUUUUGUCUUCUUACAUCGUGACAAAGACUGGCUCCGUGCUUGCAAGAGAAUUCAUGGCUUCCUCGAUAGUUAUAUCGACAAGGCGUACAGCCAGCUUGAUGAAGAACGAAAAAGCGGCAAGCCUGCUACGUACAGUGACGGUCGACCUCGGAACGACUUCCUUUGGACCAUCGCCCGCCACAUCCCUGACAAACUCGAGCUGCGAACGCAACUAACUGGAGUGUGGAUCCCAUCGAACGAGACAACGUCGAUAUUGAUCAGCAAUACCAUAUUUGCCCUCUCGCUCAAUCCCCGUGUGGUCGAGAAGCUCAGAGAAGAGAUUCUUCGCUGCCGAGAUCAACCUUUGACAUUCGAGCGCCUACGGUCAUUGGAGUAUCUCAGAUGGAUCAUCAAUGAGAGCCACCGUCUCUACCCAGUCAGCCUGCAAACAGUCCGGUACUGCGUCAAAGACACCGUCCUGCCCAGAGGGGGCGGUCCUGACGGCAGCGAUCCUAUCUUCUGCGCGAAGGGGGAUAUCGUGCACUGCAACCGCUACCUCAUGCACCGCGACCCCAACAUCUGGGGUGCCGACGCUGGCGAUUUCCGCCCGGAGCGGUGGGCGCAGGCACGGCCGCUCUGGAACUUCGCGCCCUUCGGGGGAGGGCCGCGCAUCUGCCCCGCCAGCAUCAUGGUCGAUACCGAGUGCGCGUAUACUAUAUUCCGAAUCUUCCAGGAAUUUGCGGCUGUCGAGUCCAGGGACAGUGAGCGAUAUACGGCAGUCAUGCGUGUUGGGCCAUCGAACAAGAACGGCUGUAAGGUUGCGUUUGUGCCAGCUUAA